AUGCAGGCAUUCAGAAACCUUUUCAAGAACGACCUCGUUCUCGUCGGCACAAACCUCACCGUGGUAGCCGGCGUCGCGACGUAUCUAGGCUCCAGGGUGGAGAAGAAGCUGGACCACAUGGAAGAGGAGCAAGAGGCGCGUAUGGACGAGAUAGAAGGAACACUACGCGGCCACAUCGGCUUGAUUGAGGACUCGUUGGAUAGGAUUGAGGGCAAGCCGAAUGGUGGGAAGCAAGACAAACUGUACAAUGAGAGGACGAAAGACGCAAAGGGAAAUGGAAAGGGACAGGGAACAAUAAGCGCAUCAGCCGGAACCUCAGUAAGACACAAAGCUGCUCAUGCGCCCACUCAUUUGCUCAUUUGCGUAGUAAUCGGCUCCGAAGCCUGGCAGUUGCCCCCAGUAGGCCACCCCGACCGCCCUAAGAACGUACCCGACGAUCACACCAAGCGCUGGACCGUAUACGUGCGAGUUCCCGACGGCGAUCCCGACAUCAGAGCCUGGCUCAACAAAGUUUCAUUCAAGAUAUUCAACACGUACGAGAACCCGCUGCGCAUGGUGGAGAAGCCGCCUUUUGAGGUGACCGAGACAGGAUGGGGAGGCUUCAACAUCGACAUAAGGCUGCACUUCCAGCCCAUCUCAGGCGAGAAGGCGCAAUACCGACAGCACUUCCUGCAGCUGGAAAAGUAUGGCGACGAGAAGAUGCAAGCAGAGCAGGAGCGGACAGGCUGUGUGCGCUCAGAGUUCCUCGAAGUUGUCCAGUUCAACGAGCCCACCGAAGCCCUCUUCGACGCCCUCACAUCGGAAGACCAGUGGAAUUACCUCAUACCCGCCGGCAAGGGCGGCUCAAAGAAGGCAUCACUGGGUGCAAACGGAAGGAUGAGGCGCGGCCUGCCCAACGGCGAGCGGAGCGCUCAGCUGCCAGAGAAGGGAGGCGAUGAGGUCCCCUUCAGCCAGGAACAAGAGCAGGCGCUACAAGAUUUCUUCAAGCAAAAGAUGGACGACGUCGAGAAACAGUUGGACAAAGAAGCCAAAAGGAAGGAAGAGGUAGAGGCUAAGCUCAAGGCAUUACGCAGUGAGCUAGGGCACGAGGCCGCUCAGCAGGCAGCGCAGCAGGCUAGUGGAGACAGGAGUCGGCGCCGGUGA